AUGCAGGGCUACAACAAAACAGCACAACUGACCCAACAACCAUCCAUUACUGACUGCCCAACAGCAGUGCAGCAAAGAACACAGCAGAGCCAGAUCAUAAGAGCUCAAAGCCAUAAAGCUACAAUUUCUUCAUGGCUUCCUAGCUCGAAACUUGGUGGAACAGUAGAGCUUGUGGAAGCAAUUCUGCAGGGAAGGAAUGGGUCAGUCUUCUGCUAUGGUGCAACGGGAGCUGGGAAGACGUACACAAUGCUUGGUACAGUAGAGAGUCCAGGGAUCUAUGGGUUACCUGUCGUCGGAGAAACGCCUGUGAUUCGCCGGAGUAACGUCGUUGAUUCGCUGGAUAUGGCUUCUGUUCUUCGCCAGAGUUCAAGUGAAGUGAAGAAGAUGGCUGAGCAGGGCAAAUGA